AGCGGACUCUGGCUGAGGUUCCCCGGCGGGCGGGCGCGCAGAGACGCGGGAAGCAGGGGCUGGGCGGGGGUCGCGGCGCCGCAUCCAGCGCAGGCAGCCCGAGGGGCCGCCGCCUCCGCCGCCCAGCGCGCUCCGGGGCCGCCGGCCGCCUCCAGCACCCCCAGCGCCGCAGCUCCGGGACCGGCCCCGGCCGCCGUCGCCGCCGCCGCGAUGGGCAACGCCGCCGCCGCCAAGAAGGGCAGCGAGCAGGAGAGCGUGAAAGAGUUCUUAGCCAAAGCCAAAGAAGAUUUUCUUAAAAAAUGGGAAAGCCCUGCUCAGAACACGGCCAGCUUGGAUCAGUUUGACCGCAUCAAGACCCUCGGCACCGGCUCCUUCGGGCGUGUGAUGCUAGUGAAGCACAAGGAAACUGGGAACCACUACGCCAUGAAGAUCCUGGACAAGCAGAAGGUGGUGAAGCUGAAGCAGGUGGAGCACACGCUCAACGAGAAACGAAUCCUGCAGGCCGUCAACUUUCCCUUCCUGGUCAGGCUCGAGUACUCCUUCAAGGACAACUCCAACCUGUACAUGGUCAUGGAGUACGUGCCCGGAGGGGAGAUGUUUUCACACCUGCGGCGGAUUGGAAGGUUCAGUGAGCCCCAUGCCCGCUUCUACGCGGCCCAGAUCGUGCUGACCUUCGAGUACCUGCACUCGCUAGACCUCAUCUACAGGGACCUGAAGCCUGAGAACCUCCUCAUCGACCACCAGGGCUACAUCCAGGUGACGGACUUCGGCUUUGCCAAGCGCGUGAAAGGCCACACCUGGACACUGUGCGGGACCCCUGAGUACCUGGCCCCCGAGAUCAUCCUGAGCAAAGGCUACAACAAGGCCGUGGACUGGUGGGCACUAGGGGUCCUCAUCUAUGAGAUGGCGGCCGGCUACCCGCCCUUCUUCGCUGACCAGCCCAUCCAGAUCUAUGAGAAGAUUGUCUCUGGCAAGGUGCGGUUCCCGUCCCACUUCAGCUCCGACCUGAAGGACCUGCUGCGGAACCUGCUGCAAGUGGACCUCACCAAGCGCUUUGGGAACCUCAAGAACGGCGUGAACGACAUCAAGAAUCACAAGUGGUUUGCCACCACAGACUGGAUUGCCAUCUACCAGCGGAAGGUGGAAGCCCCCUUCAUACCAAAGUUCAAAGGCGCUGGGGACACAAGUAAUUUCGAUGACUACGAGGAGGAAGAGAUCCGGGUCUCCAUCAAUGAGAAAUGCGGCAAGGAGUUCUCUGAGUUUUAGGGGUGUGCCUGUGCCCCCCCAAAGUUUACUCUUCUUUUGUUUUCUUUUCUUUUUCUUUUUUUGGGGGAUGGGGGAUUGAACAGCCAGAGGGCCCCGAGUUCCUUGCAUCCGAUGUCACCCCAGCCCACCCUCGAGGGUUGGGGGCCCAGGAAGCCCAGACCUUGGGGGGGAUCUGCUGCUCCCCCAGCCCCACAGCCCUCUUGCCCCCCUUCCCAAUGAUACCCCCAGCCCACUUCAGCUGGUUGGAAACCAGGCUCCAGGCUCCUCCAGACCAAGUCUUGCUGGUCCAUCGUAGCCAGGGAGAAGACAGAGGGGUCUGGGCGUGGCCCCAGCCCCGCACCAGACCCCACAGGUGAAGGCUGACCCGCGGGUGCGUUGGUGACACCCCUGUACCUUCUCCCAGAGCUGGUUGCUCGAGAUUUUUAAAAACAACUUCAGAUCUAUUUAAGUUCCACCAGUGCCUCCCCCAUCCCUUCUCCAGCUCCCUCGACCCAUUUUAGGGAGCCUGGGAAGCAGACUGAGUUCACAAGAAAGAAACCAGGAUUGGCCCCCCUCCUGAGCUGCUAACCCCGGCUGGGGGCUCCGCCCCUCCCUGACACCCCCAUAUCUCACCCCCACCGUCAGCCUCGGGCUUUGGAAGCCUGACCAAGCAGCCACCCAUCUCCUUACCAAAGAGGAUCUGACCCCCAAAAGAGGGGGAUUCUGACCCCACGGCCCCCCCCUCUCAGCAACAGCAGCAGCCGCCACAGCCCCCAAAUUCCUGCGUUUUAUUCUGAUUUUAACACCCGGCCUCCUCAGCCCAGCUGGGAAGGCGACCCCCCAAGAGGACUUGGGGCCAGCAGAGCGCCCCCACCCCGCGCGGGUUCCAGCCGGGCUGCCGGGGAGGGGCCAGCGCGCCCCAGCUUCCGCGCCCCUCCCUGCCCGGCCGCCCCUCGCUUCGCUGCCCGCCCGCGUCCCAGUUCCGAUCUGUGCUCCGGCCCUCACUGUGAGGCGGGGCCCGGCCCCCACCCCGCGCUGCAGUCGGCCACCCGGCCGCAGGGCUCUCGGGCGGGCCGGCCCGGGUGGGCGCAGGGCCGAUCGACCCGUGCGCGGCGAAGGGUGAGAUCCCUGUCCACAGUGUGCUGUUGUAAACAUAUUUGAAAACUAUUACCAAUAAAGUUUUGUUUAAAAAAAAA